AUGCCAGCGUUCUACCAGACCGCCGUCGCACGACUACAUCAAACAGCUAGAAUCAUGACGCAGAUCAACGACGUAUUCAUCGUUUCGGCCGCCCGAACGCCCAUCGGCUCGUUCAACGGUGUGCUCAAGAAGGCUACCGCACCCGAGCUCGGUGUCGUGGCUGUCAAGGCCGCCAUCGAGCGCGCCGGCCUCAAGCCUGACCAGAUCGAGGAGGUCUACAUGGGCAAUGUGCUCCAGGGCAACGUCGGCCAGGCCCCCGCUCGUCAGGUCGCGCUUAAGGCUGGAUGCCCCGACACCACCGAGGCCACCACCAUCAACAAGGUUUGCGCUUCGGGCAUGAAGGCCAUCUCGCUCGCUGCUCAGAGCAUCCAGCUCGGCCAGCGCGGCGUCAUGGUGGCCGGUGGCAUGGAGUCCAUGUCCAACGCUCCCUACUACCUGCCCCGAGGCAACGCCUACGGCCACAUCCAGGCCACCGACGCCAUUGUCAAGGACGGUCUGCACGAUGUCUACAACCAGGUUGCCAUGGGCAACUGUGCCGAGAACACGGCCAAGAAGCUCUCGCUCUCGCGCGAGGACCAGGACGCCUUUGCCAUCGAGUCGUACCGUCGCUCCGCUGAGGCGUGGAAGGCCGGUGCUUUCGCCAACGAGAUCGCUCCUGUCACCAUUGCGGACAAGAAGGGCGAGGUGGUGAUCAGCGAGGACGAGGAGUACAAGAACGUCAAGCUCGAGAAGAUCCCUACGCUGCGACCCGUAUUUGACAAGAACGGCACCAUCACGGCAGCCAACGCGUCGACGCUCAACGACGGUGCGUCGGCCGUGGUGCUCGCGAGCGAGGCCGAGGUGCAGAAGCUCGGCGUCAAGCCCCUUGCCAAGAUCGUGGCCUUUGCGGACGCCGCCUGCGCACCGAUCGACUUCCCCAUCGCCCCCGCGUACGCCAUCCCCAAGGCCCUCGAGCGCGCCGGUUUGACAAAGGACGACAUUUCGCUGUUCGAGAUCAACGAGGCCUUCUCGGCCGUCGCCCUCGCCAACAACAAGAUGCUGGAGUUGGAUGCCAGCAAGGUCAACGUGCUCGGCGGUGGUGUCUCGCUCGGCCACCCUAUCGGAUCGAGUGGCGCCAGGAUCGUCGUCACGCUCGCACACGCGCUCAAGCCCGGGCAGUACGGCUGCGCCGGUGUCUGCAACGGCGGCGGUGGUGCCAGCGCUAUCAUCAUCAAGCGCGAGAACUGA